GGCAGAGGGGUGUGCGCACGCUCCGCGACAUUAGUUACGUCAGCUACCGCCGAGGAAGCAGGCGCUGCUCCCUCGCGGAUCGGACUCGGUCAGUCCGGCGCGUCCCGCGGCGCGUCCCUCGGCCCUCUCCCCGCUGCCGCCGAGGGGACUCCGUAUUUUCGGGGUGGUCCCUGGGCCGGACCCUAAGCUCCGCGGAACGAUGCGGUCGACUCCCCGAGGAACGAACGGAAGCACCCAGGAGCGAUGAGCGGCCGACCGACAGGGUCGAGAUCCAGUUGAAGCACCUCGGGACGCUCGCUCGAGGAAGACCGUCCGGGUCCAUCGGGUCGGCCCCGCGCGGGCCGGUCCGAGGGGUGGCCGUGGCUAGGAAGACUCGAACUCGGUCCGGAGAGCAGCGGGGCGUCGCGAUGGACCCGAUGGACGCGACUUGACGACCCGGACUGACGGCUCGCCAUCCGGUUCCAGGAAGGCAACGGGAGCGAGGCCCGACCCGCGAGAGAAGCCCUCCGAGGUCGCGCGUAGGCGGUAGCGCCGAGGCCGGGCUGGUAGCAUGACGGUGAUGCUGCUGGAACGCACGGUCACCCCCCACUCGACGAGCAGCCCGAGAGCAGCGACGAUCGGCACGAUCGGCAGCUCGCCGAAGCCGCCGCCGGCAGCGUCGUCGGUGGCAGCGUACCUCGGGUCGUCGACGGACGCGAGGACGGGGAGCGGGGCGCGAGCCCGAGGGGCCCAGGGCGGCCCUGGACCGAGCGAGAGCGCCGCAGCGAUGCGAUACUACCGGCUCUGGAUCUACGCGUGUAACGUGGUGCUCCUGGGCAGCGCGGUGGGCUUCGCGGCCGCCGUCUCGAAGACGCUCCUCUUCUCGGGGGACCCCCGCCGGCAGCUGAUCCCCGGAGUGCCCAAGGCCCUGGACCCGACCGCCCUCUACGCCUACCUGGCCCUCGCGACCCAGCUGGGCCUGGUGCAGCUACUCGGCUGCGUGGCCGCCCGGAGGCUGAGCGCCCGCCUCCUGCACGCCUACUGGCUGCUCCUGCUGGCCUUACUCUGCGGCGACGCCGUCAUCGGCGUGGCCUGGGUCUUCCGCUUCGAGCGAAUGCGCUCCGAGCUGCGGCCCGCGCUGAAGCUGCGCCUCCACUCGGACUACGCCAAGGAGCCGCGCUUCAGCGAGCAGUGGGACCGGCUGCAGCGGGAGUUCUCCUGCUGCGGGGUCUCCGGGCCCAAGGACUUUGGCGGCGGCCGCUGGCCCGCCACCUGCUGCGGCCCCGCCGGCAACUUCAGCGACGAGCCCUGCCAGCCGCCCCACCCGCGCGGCUGCGACGAGACCCUCGCCCGGUGGCUGCGCCGGACCGCGGACCUGCUCUUCGUCCUGGGCUUCUGCGUCAUCGCCUUCACUAAGCUCUGCUUUCUCGGGAUCUUGCGCUACGAGAUCCGUGAGAUGAUUCAGAAGAUACGGCUCCUGAGGGAACCUCCUCCCCCCGUGGCCGCUGCCGCCGUCGCCCCUUUCGCUCAACAGUAUCCCCAGCUCCUCUCGGACGGCGCCAACGGCGUCAACAACGGCGUCAACAACGGCGGCAUCGCCAGGCGCUCCACCCUGACCAACGCCUCGGCGCUCCCUUCCGGAAACGCCACGCUGCUGCUGCACGCCGACGACGGGGGCGGGGGUCGCCACCCGCUCCUCUCCGGCAAUCUGCAGGACGGCGGGGCGGACAGCGACACCAACAGCCACUGCGCUCUGAUCCUCGAGGAGAUCACGCCCACCUCGACGAACCACAACUCCGGGACCCGGGAGAAGAGCAACGGCAACAACAACUACGAGAUGCGCGAGUUGAACCGCAGGCUGCUGCUGUCCAACGGCGCCGGCCCGGGGGCCAGCGCGAACGCUACCCAGGGCAGGCGCACCUGACCGUGGAGCUGGUGGAAGGGCGCCUGGAACCGCUUCCUCCGCAGGCCCGGUAGACCGACGGUACAUAAGUAAGGAUAGAUAUUUUUUUUAAUCCAGAGACCAAGAGGGGCGACCGGGGCCGCCCGACCCAGGCCUGCCUGACGGUGUGCGCACUUCCAGCGAUUAGCGUUAACUCUCGUACCGUUUUGAUCUAACCAACGAGCCGCGAUUCGUAGCGGCUUCCGUUCCUUAGAUACAGAGUACUCGUGCUGCUGGGAAGAAUAUUCCAAGUCGAGCCGUGCCGCGUGUCCAAAGGCGAGAGGUUCUUUUCCUCGGCCGCAAACGCCGGAUCGAAGCGGACGGUGCCGACGACGGGCCGGUCGGCCCGUUCUUCCAGGAUUCGUCCCCAUGUCGCGAACGUGCCGACCGGGAAAGGCAAGCCGUCGCCGCACCCGGUAUGCACACACUCCACACGUACUUGCCCCCAACCUCGAGAGGGAGCAUAUACAAAAGCGCACAGAGUUUCACGUAUCUUUUGUACUUUUGUGCAACCCGUGGACGGAGCCAACAACGGGGCGGGAGGGGGGACCUACCUCCGCGAGCAGGUACCGAUUAAAAUUCGUACGUACGCUAAGAUCCCCGAGGGCGAGUUUAAUCUAGCGUAAACACGUCGGAGACGUCGGACGCGUCGAAAAGACUGGGCGAAAGGGGUCGCUUCCCCUCGCGACCGCGCUCCUCGGAUUCUCGUUUCUCCGUCCCCGAGCGGUCGACCAACUUUUAUAGAUUUCUUUUAACGGCAGCGUUUUUACAUGCUUUCCUGGGAACAACGUAACGCGACGCGACUUUGGAGGAAGAGCGCUGCUCGACGAGGGGGAGCGCGCCGCGUCCCGCGGGAAUUCAGUCCGCACAAUGUACUCGUAGUAUGUCACAGUGAUACGUAACGUAACUAUCGUCACCGUCGUCCAAGUACCCGCGCUCGCCGUUUCCUUCCAAGCUCCCCUUAGACCGAUUCGGAAGGUCCCGGCCGGAUUCGGUCGGACGCACGACGCUGCUACUUUUAACCUCGUGAAAUUACAAAGUUCAAUGUACGAGGGAGAUCUUCCUUUCGGUAAGUCUUAGCAGAAAAGUUUAACUACGCGCGACACGACCAAAGCAUACGGUUGCUAUUUACUCUAAGUACGAUAUUACUAGGUACGAUAGUUACAAGGGGAUAUUGUGAGAUACUACUGCCAGGUCGAUUCUCACCUCUAAAUUGUCGUCCGUUUUCAAUCGGAAAUUCAGCUCUAACGCGAUCAAAAGAACGAGACGUUGUCCGCGCAUAUUGCCCAUCGCCGAGGACCCUUCGGACCCUUCCUGCGUAACUUAAACGUUAUCGAACCGGUGCCGAAGCAUAGCACGAGUAGUCUGUAUUAAUUCAUGCCGUGCAUUAUUUCAAAGGAGACGCCCGGGUAACGGUGGUUAACGAUGAGAAUAAUUGGCUUCCUAGCUAGGUUUAAGUGUAUCACCAUAGGAAUACGUAAUGCAAAUGCCAAGGCAGCGGAUAAGUUCGUCGGUAGGUUGUAAAUAGUAUUUAACGGUAGCUGGCAUCGAGGCCCGAUCGCCUGUAGAAGAAACGGCCAAAAUGACUUUUAGGAACUUCUCUCGAGGAGUAACGACCCGGUUUGUAGCGACAACGAAAGCCAUCGCGAUAAGAAACAUUGCCGAUCCUUGCAGUCUCCGUUGACGACGACAACGUAAAUACCUAACGCAACUCGGACGUGGCUUGGAACAAUCCCCGAUCGUUCGGAAUGGGUAACAGGGUACGAUACUCGAGAAACGUGCGCAGCGAUCUCUUAGUGUCGACUAUACUUUUACGUACACUUCCCCUCGACCGAGCGUUAUCCGGACUCUUUUCGUUCCCAGGUUCGUUCCUAUUCAGGCCGUCGAAGUCGAAAUCCUUUAAUACACCCGUAAUGACUAUAGUCGAUGAUACGAUAUCCAAGCUUACACCUCGCGUGGUCCUGCAGCCUCUGCCAGUGCGCGUAUACAAGACUAUUAUGUACAAUGAUUAUUAUCCGUAUCGUUUGUAUUUAAGUACUUUAGGUAGAAGAGAGCCAAGUCGUUCAACGACAGUGCUCUCGCGUUGGGCGAAUAUGGUGCAACUGCAUCUCUUAACUCGUGACGGUAUGGACGAUUUAUCCAUGUCGGUUAGUCACGGAUUGGCAACAAAGAUCGGCGUAUCGUUGCACGGAUAAAUCCAUUGUGAGCAUACAAGGAAAGUGCUGCGUUCAUUUUCACCUAUCGAUUCAAUUUAGAUAAUCAAAAGUCCGCGAUUACGAUUCAGUCCGCAAAUGAUCCCGACGAGUUUUGAUGCUAACAAGUAUUUUAAACAAACUAUACUCGUUACAUUUUCGGCCAGUAAUUUCUGAGUCGCAUAUCCCUCGUAUCAGGCAUCGUUAAGACAGGCUUAAAUUAGAUUCAGAUGAAACAUAAAAUGCAAUUGCAGCUUUUUAGUUGAAUACCAUCGUGUAGGCAGUCGUAAUUAAUCUUUUGACCGAGCGGUGGACAGCUUGCUGAAAUCAAUUCGAAGGAGUAAAUUUUGUUUCGCGUGAACGUUUCAAUCGUUUCAGCUAAUACGGAAUGGAAGGAAAUGAAUUAGUUGACUGUCUCCCUCUCUCUCUUAAUCGCGGAUAAAGGGAAGCUGUAAGAGUUCCUCGUACAUUUAAAUAGUGUACGUAAUGAAGAAGAAAACACGAGUACCUUCGUUUCACUGAAACGCAAAGACAAAAUACGUAGAACCCCUCUCUAAUGGAAACGAAUUCAUUCGGUAACUAUACGCUAUACUCGAACAAUGUAUCAACAAUUAGGCGAUACCGUUUUAAGGAGAUUUUUCAUCACUUAGAACUUUGUAAUCGCUCUACUUAAUCGACGAGUCGGAGAACGUGAGAGAAAAACGAGAAAGGGAGCUUUGAAUAGUGCCUGCUUAAAACUGAAUUAUCGUAUUGUUGAAUUCCUAAAUAUAUUUAUUUAUUCGGUGAUACGACAGACCUAUUAGGUUUUAUCGCGUUAAAAGUAUUGGGGAAUAGUGUUAAUCACUGUGCGCACUAAUUGUUAAAAGUUCCAGCGGUAACGAAUGUAAAGCUUGAUACGUUUACAACGUACGUACGUACAUUCCCGGUUAUUAAAAAUUAGGUUUGCUGAUAAGCCAUUUAAAUGCUUGCACGUAUAUCGAAUUGGCUCAUCUGGAAUUGUUUAAACUGUAUAAUCACUCAAAAGUGUUAAGAUACCGUUUGUUGUUCCGUUCACUUUUUCAGUCAGUACAUAUCACUCUUCCCCGUACUGUCUCAUUGGUUUGUAUUAACGUUAAGUGUAUAUAAAUAUUAUGAAGUCGUAAUUGUAUGUAAAUACUGUUACACGUACUAUGCUACUACCAUGAAUUAUGAAUAUAAGGAAAAUUGGUUAUUUAGUAUAAUACUGACGUUAAAACU